AUGGGAAAGAGACGUUUUGUUUCAAAGCCUUGUGUGAUUCCCACCUGGCUACUGUGCAAAGAUUUGUCAUUUGCUGGUUCUUCUGUUAUCAAUAAGGGCAAUGGAUCAGUCACUAGAGACCUGGUCCAUUUGAUUGAACAAUGGAAUUUCGGAUAGCCAAUUCAAUUCCAUAAUGUUAAUGUAACUUACAAGAUGAGCGUUACAUCUACAAGUAGCGUAAUACUGUUUAUCGACGUGAAAUCUCGAAGAAGCUAUCUUAAGGAUAAGGAAUUAUGA